CUCCUCCAUGAAUCUCCGGCGAGGCACACACACACCUGACUGCGUUGCUGUUGCCUGGGGCUCACCACACACGUGCACCCCCAGUAGCACGAUGAUCAUCCCGGUGCGAUGCUUCACAUGCGGUAAGGUAAUCGGAAACAAGUGGGAAACGUACUUGAGCCUGCUGCAGGCGGACUACAACGAGGGAGAUGCGCUGGACGAGCUCGGCCUCAAGAGAUACUGCUGCCGACGAAUGGUGCUCACUCACGUAGAUCUCAUCGAGAAGCUGCUCAACUACAACUCACUGGAGCGGAGAACAGGGCCAGAGACAGACUAGGAUGCCAGCUUUCUUCGGGCGAAGAAGGAAGGUUGGAGUGGAACAGUGGACCGAUCCAAGCUGAAGGGGCGGGGGGUGGGACAGGAGUUUCAUUGAUGGUGUUGGGCCUCUAAGCCCCAUUUCCCUAGGACGGCCUGUUGGCGUGUGGUGGAAGUGACAUGUACGUUGUCGGGGGCUUCAGUCAUCAUGUUGCUUUGGUUCGCUGUGAAGCGUCCCAGCUCUUCUUGGUGUCGGUAAUUCCAUCGUGAAGAUCAUGCGAUGCCGCUAGCGGUGAAUGCGUCGAACGCGGUAGGGGGUCUACUCAUGCCUCUUCGCACGUCCGAACUUCUGUGACCUACCUGGUGCUGUGCUAUGAUAGUCUGGACAGCGUGGUCCACCCCACGGACAAACCCAUGUCGGGGGAUGAUGUAUUAUUCGCUUGUAAGAUAUAUUCGUGCGUUUUCGGCGCAUGUUUCUCGUGCGGUUUUCUCGCGAAUGCGUUGUUGUUUUUUUUGGUUCAGGCCUGAAUCAGCUUGGGCGCGGGGCGCGCCCGGGAAUGCAUAGGUGCUUCACACAAUGGAAGAGAUUGCUGUUGGCAUCGUUCUGUUGGUCUCUGUUGUCUGUUUGUCUAUGUUUUGUGCUGAAAAUCUAGAUGGAGGUCUCAACUGUUCGUGAAGAAAAGACAAAAAACAACAACACCCGUUUCGAGCUGGGCAACUUUUUUCUAUAUGUCUGAGACCACGGGUAGCGCUGAAUAAGGGGUAGUUUUGCCGUUAGACGUCCUGGAAGCACCCCGGGGUGUUCAGACUUUCGGACUCAAACGCGAACCAUGUCGCACCACGCUUGGCACUGGCAAGCGCUUGCUGUUUCGGUUUUCUCCCCAAUCGGGAACCACGAGGCGGAAAUAUUUCCGAAAACCUCCUUUCCCAGACAAGGCGCAUCACGGCGCUCCACUACCUCAUCGCGAUCGCCCUGCUCGGUCCUCACUUUCUUUCCGCUGCAUUGCUGUGGUUGUUUUUCUCGUGGC